CUGGCUCAUGCACUUAUCCCGCGAAUUCGCAAGGGUCGUCAAGAAUGUUGGGCUUUCUUUAAUAUCCGACUGUUUAUUUUUUUUUUGGAAAACUUUUUAAAUCCUCAAAAAACAUCCCACUAUGCAAGCAAUGCAGGGUCCACCCUGGCUGCUGCGCUUCCGUUCCUCGACGGUGUUUAUCAUCGCGACGGUCUGGAUCUCCUCGUUCACGGAUUACUUCCUCUAUGCAAUGGUUGUCCCCAUCCUGCCAACAGCACUAUCCGAGCGGGCGGAUGUUCCAUAUGAAGACCGGGAAUACUGGGUCAGCGUCCUUCUUAUGUGCGAAGCUGGCGUCGCAUUCAUAAGCUGUCCUGUAUUCGGGUACAUCGUUGAUGUUGCCCCCACGCGGCGUAUGCCCUAUGUGCUCGGAUUGAUAUUCUUGGGCGCAUCAAUGGGCCUUCUGGCUGCCGCCCGGUCCACAGCUAUGUUUGUCAUUGCGCGUCUCCUACAAGGCGGUGCAACUGCAAUGGUUGCUGUUGCGGGGCUGGCCCUCCUUACAGACUCUGUUCCUCUUGAUAAUUUAGGACAGACGAUUGGUUAUCAAGGCUCAGCUAUAGCACUUGGGUUCCUGCUUGGCCCACUUUUGGGUGGGAUUAUCUAUGAUACGGCGGGAUAUCAAGCCGUCUUUGGACUGGCAUUUGCCCUCGUUGGCGUGGAUUUACUAAUGCGUGUGCUGAUUGUUGAGAAGAAAGUGGCAGCAAAGUGGAUUGAUUCCUCUUUUGACUCUUCUCCUUCAUCUCCUUUUUUACCUGACCGAGAAAUUAGUGGCUAUCAUACCUUCCCAGAUACUACUCAGCCACCGAGAGACCUGUCCGAAAUUGAAUCCACGAACGAGCAGGCCCAGGGUGAUGAGCAUUCGCAAGACUAUAAGCCCCCGACUAUUCUCGAAAUAGCCAAACAACCUCGCGUCGUCAUCUCUUCAUUCGGCCUCCUCGUUCAGGGUCUCCUAUUCUCCGCUUUUGACGCCACAAUCCCCAUAUUCGUCGAAGCAACCUUCAACUGGACAGCCCUAGGCGCAGGUCUCUCUUUCCUCCCAUCAGCCUUAACCGCCCUUCUGGAACCAUACUUCGGCUACAUAUCAGACACUCAUGGCCCACGCCUCCCUACAUUCGCCUCCUUCAUCCUUCUCCCGCUCCCUCUCAUCUUCCUAGCAUUCAUAUCAACAAACACCCCAGUCCAAAUCACCCUCUUCCUCAUCCUCCUCACCCUAAUCGGACUAUUAAUCAAUCUCGCCACGCCGGCCCUCUUCGUCGAAACCCAGGAUGUCCUAGCCCAGCUGCAGAGCCGCUCAUCUCCAUCUUCCUCUACUACAUCUUCGGCCCAUCCCGCGCAGGACCAGAACGAAUCUCACCCCCAGAACUCUUUAACCAACCGGCCCAAACAUGUCCACGGCUAUCAAAACCAAGUCCAAGGCAUCGCCCAAGCCUUCGGAAUCCAAACAAUGGCCCAAUUCCUCGGCAUGUUCCUUGGCUCGCUCUGGGGCGGGUUCGUGGAGUGGCGGUUUGGAUGGCGCACUAUGGGCAUUUCGCUGGGUGUGUUGUGCUUUGUUACGAGUUGGGGAAUGUUGGCGCUGGGUGAGGCUAGAGCCUCCGAGUCGGGGUCAGAGUCGUCUUUGUUGGAGAGGUUGGCGGGUUGCUUAGGGUUAAGGAUGGGGAGUGGGGAGACGAAGAGAAGGAAUGGCGGUAGGGCUAGGGAUGUUGAGGGGGAGGAAGGGGAAGGGCUGUUGUCUUCCUCUUCCUCUCCACCGGGGGAAGUAAGUAGGCAAUGUUAGGUAGCUGGCUACCUACCUACUUACCUUCCUGCUUGUCUGCCUGAUUGCUAUAUAGGCCGAGACUUUUUGCGUUCGGUUUCUAUACGUGUACUGUACGGAUAGACAAAAGUCAAACAUAUCUUACUGAGUUCGGUCAAGCAAAAAUAGUGGAAUAUAACAAGUAUGAUGAAGGAGUGA